AUGGACUCAAAAGCUUUGAAGCAAUUAACCUUCCAGCAACAACCUACAGACGAACAUAAACAAAACAAGCUUCCCAGUAAACAACUGAGCAAUAUUUGCUUUUCCUAUUUGAGCAUGUGGGGUAGUCAAGUCAGAUCUGACAUCAGGUCUGACGACAUAUUUCGAAAAUCUUCAGCUUGUAAUGCAAAAACAUCAUUAAAAAUGUAA